CAUACCAGAGAAUUAUUAUUGAGCCUCAACCGACAAAGGAUCCUAACUCUGCCAUUAAUGAAGGAGACAACCUCAUCGAUUCUCCACUGAUCUUGCAGAUAUAUGUCCCUCUAUCUUACUCAAUUUUCACUGAAUAUACUACUAUUUGUGUCUGCAGGAACAAUGUACCUUUGAGCCUCUUAUAUGCAUAAAGCUCCUCUCUCUCACCCCACACUUCCAUAUAGUGCACUUUGCCUCAUAAACCACUAUACUCUGUACUGUACUCUGUAGUGUGCAUAAUCAUUCUUUCUUUCUAGCCAUGAAUUUCCAUCCUAAUAGUUCUUCUCUUCACCCAAGCCAACAAGCUGAGAUUGAGAGUGAGAGUCAUCACCUCAAUCUUGAUCUUGUCCUUGAGCCUUCUUCAUCUUCUUGUUCUUCAUCUUCACCUAUUAAUCACAACCCCAUAGAGCCUAGGAUGUUCUCAUGCAACUAUUGCCAGAGGAAGUUUUACAGCUCUCAAGCACUUGGUGGACACCAGAAUGCUCACAAGCUGGAGAGGACACUGGCUAAGAAGAGUAGAGAAUUGAGUUCAGCCAUGCAAUCUUAUGUGGGACCAGAACAGCAUCAUCAGUCAUCAAACUUCAGUAGUGGUAAUUCUCAUCAUCAUCAUCAUCAACAUCUUGGUCAUCAUGCUCUUGGGGUUCCAGAUCAUAACCAAGGACAUCAUGGUGUGGGGCUUGCUGGACAAAAAAACUUCAGCUAUGGUUCAAGGGGUUACACUACUUCUGAACAUGUUCAGGAGGAUAUUAGCCAACUUGACUUGUCUUUAAGGCUCUGAAAUUUGAAUGAGAAUUGAAAACUCUUAUCUAAGGUAGUGGGUGGGGGAGUGCAAUUUGAAGAGUGACACUUAUUAGCAGAUGUGGAAGUGCCACUAUGCCACUUAUUCUUAAGAAGGUAAAGGAAGCCGAGUUUCAGGUUACAUAGGUUGCUGCUUUAUUGAUGAUUGUUGCUAUUUUUGUGGUUUACUUUGGAUGUUUUUUGUUUUGUAAGUUGUAAGCAAGGUUGGAUAUAUAUUUUUGAAAUAUGAGAUAUUUUAGAAAGAAAGUUUGUUGAAAUUGGAGAAAUUGAAAGGCAACAGCAGGUGGUGUAACUCUUAUCAGAAACUUUUGCAGGCUACUACUCCUAUAGGAUGUGACUUAGAUUAACAAUUCCAUGCAAAAUUUUAGGGAUUUCCAUGACAUGUUGCUUGUUAAUAUUUUAGCAUGAACAAGAAGCACAAUUGAAAACUUGAACCUAUAAUGGGGUGU